UCAGCUGGGAUGAAGAGCAGUGGGACAGCACGGAUCAGUCAGUGUGGAGAAGCGACAGGACUAGAGGAAGGCAAACAGUCGAUGAGCUCUUAGGAGCCAACACCUUUUCUCAGAUUGUUGGCGAUCUUGACAUUCAACAGCCAAGAUGGCUCGGGAUAUGUCAGAUAAGGAAAUCCUGAAAAUGGAGCUGGAACAAUUGAAGAAGGAAGUUAGUACAGCCAGAACACCAGUGAGUGCAAACUGCACAGACACAAUCACUUUCGUUGAAGGACUGCUACCAAAUGACCCGCUGAUUAAGGGAGUUCCAGAUGACAAGAACCCCUACAAGGGAGACAAGGGAGGCUGCAUAAUAACAUAGCACACGUACAUCCAGGGGAAAGUCAUGCGUUUUUUUUUUUUUAUGGGAGCUGGUGACAUUGCUGUAAUAUCCCUGUAGAAAUUCUAAUAGAUAAAAUGUACAGUAGAAAGAAAACUCAGAUCUGUAAUGUUACUGCGACCAGGACAGAGACCCUUUUCCAUCACUGGAUUACUGUAUGUAUCUGUUGAUAUAAAAAUGUUUGUCAAUUUGUAAUUAAAUGCAAAUAGCUGUAUAAAGCUUUACCUUGA